AUGGGCUCGCAACCAGACUACAGCCAACCGCCUCUGCAGGUUGCCUUUGCAGGCUUCCUCUGGGAUAUGGAUGGUACCAUUAUCGAUUCCACACCAGCCAUUGAGAAGCACUGGCACACGAUAGGAAACGAGAUUGGGGUAGAUCCCGAGACCAUCCUCAAGACCUCUCACGGUCGACGCAGCAUCGACACGCUCAAGAUCCUUGCCCCUGAAAGAGCAAACUGGGAGUAUGUCGCCAAGAUGGAAGGGCAGCUCCCCGUUCUCUACGCCGACCUCGCCACCGAGAUUCCCGGCGCGCGGCUGCUGCUCGACAGCAUGAUCAAGAUGUCCGCGCCGUGGGCCAUUGUCACGUCCGGCACCGAGCCGCUCGUCCACGGCUGGCUCAGCCGCAUGAAGCUCGCCAUCCCCGAGCACCUCGUCACGGCCGAGUCGGUCCCCGAGGGCAAGCCGGACCCGGCGUGCUACCGCAUGGGCCUCGACAAGCUGCGACUGGGCGACGCCGCCGCCGACGUGCUCGUCCUCGAGGACAGCCCCGCGGGCAUCCGGGCCGGCAAGGCCGCCGGCUGCAAGGUCAUUGGCCUCGUCACGAGCCACACCGCGGAGCAAGUCGUGGCUGCGGAGCCGGACUGGGUGGUCAAGGACCUGACGUCGGUGCGCGUCGUGGGAUCCAAGGACGGUAAGGUCGUGGUUGAGAUCAAGGAUGGGUUGAAGCUGUAA